GCGGAAGAGGUGCGGGGGGCGUCACCGCACGGACCCCUUCCGCGGUCACCCCAGCGGAAGGAGUUGUGUGUUCAAAUAGUGGCGGGGCUGAGGGGGUCGGGCCCAACGGAGCGGGAGCGGGGCCGAACCGGGGGUGAACGUUAAUUUCCUUUGGAGUUCAAUAACCAUGAGGCCAUUGAAAAAAGAGAAAGAGCAGAGCAUAAUCCUGAUCAGUGAUGAUGAAGCUGAGAGCACGCUGGGGAACUCGGUUCUGUUGGUAGACCCUCUGGAGAAACCUGCUCUGGAGGAAGAGAAAUCUGAGGAAGUUGUGGAUGAGGAAUGUGAACUAGUGGUUACUUUCUGUAAACAAGCCAAUGUGAUGCCUCAUGCAAGAUACGACUGUACAAUACACCCGUUUGAGCGAAUGGAAUGUGAUACAUGCUCACCCCUUGGGAAAAAUGCUGAUAUUUGUAACCAAUGCUACUGCUAUAUUUGUGAUAAGCUAGCUUCUGAGUGUGAGAACUGGACAACCCCUUCCCUCUGCCACUGCAAUGCACACAACAAAAGCAAGUUCUGGAAGGACCAGCGUGACUUUGCCUUGGCUGGCAUCCUUGUAAUGUUCAAUUUGGAGCUCACAGAUAUAGAUGCAGACCUUCGGCACGGUGGAGAUCUUCUACUAAAAUUUAUCCAGGAACUUUCUGUGGAAUAUAAUAAGUAUCUGUUUGGAGAAAAAAUGCUUCCUGCACAAUAUGAAUGCUUUUGCCUCCCAAAAUUCCCCCCUGGGCAAUGCAAUAUUUGCGGAUCACGCAGCAUGGAGGUUGUAUACAAGUAUUCUGGAGUUUUUGCACUGGUAACAAGAUUUUUAAAUCAGGCAGAAAGAGAGAAUCCUAAAGCUACUGCUGUCAUGUUUCUGGGAGCAGCUAAGGAGAUAGCACAUCAUAAAGACCCUGCUUUAAGCUGGCAGAACCUUGGUCACACUGCUUCAUUAAAGAUUGCUGUCCCUUGUCUGCUGCAAAGGAUCACAACCCAACUUCAGAGGAUGCUGGUGUUGUGUGACUUCCCCAAAUCUUUGUAUGAAAAGUUUGUCAAUUUCUUUCAGUCCAUCUCACUUCCAUGUCACUGCUUUGGCUUCUCAAAUAGCUUGAAUGUUAUGCCAUGGGAUCAUGUGUUACUGACCACUGUGUUAAAAGGCCAGAACAUCACUGGUCAAAGAACACUGAAAGGAAGAAAAGUAUUUCUGUGGGAACCGCUCCCUGUUAUAGAGGCUCGAGUGGAGAAAUUGGUAGACAAGAAGAACUAUAAAGAAGUUGUUCGCUACCUGAGGGCUGUGAAGUGCAAUGAUACCAAAGGGUUAAGACACCUCCGGGAUAAAAUCCCAUUCUAUCUGUGUAAAUCUGGAGACUUCCUGGAUGCUGCACAUUCCCUGCUGUUUCCUGUCAACAGCCUCGCCUGCUGCACUGCCUGCCGCAUCACACCUUUUGAGUAUGAGGUCUAUCUGAAGAUGUUCAGAACAGGCAGUGUCCCUGCUGGAAAGGAUAUGCUGGACUCUGGGCUCUGGAUUACAGUUGGGCCUCCCUUGAAAGAUGGUGUUCUGAUUAAGCAGGCACUGAAACUCCUUUACAGCAACAUGUCACUCUACAGGAAUCCUAAAUGCUGGAGUACCCUCAUCAUGAUCUUGGGCAGUAGCAAUUUGCUGGAAAAAAGUGGGCACCUACAUCCCAUGUCCCUGAAAGAGCCACCACUUGACUUCCAAGAGGGCGUCCUUGCUGCCAGUUGUGGGCUUUUGGAGGAACUGAAGGCAAAAAUUAAUGUUUCUUUACCACCCUCUAUUUUCUCUCCUCAUUUACACCAUGAGGCUUCUCUUAUUCUCGCAGUACAAGCAAUACAACAGAUGCUUUUUUGUGAUCUUCCAUACUUGACUUCCUUCUUAGAGAUAGCUCUGGCUUUUGGGAAUAACUUUUGGGCUCUGAGGCUGUUACUGGACCACCUUUCCUAUGAAGAGCACAUUCUCCAUGGCACUGUCAACCUGAUUUUGAGAGAUCUACAUUGUCAGAAAGCAGCAAUGCUAAAGCUGUGGCAAAACCUUGGUCCCCAGUACGUGGGUGAAUUCCUUUGCCUGUUCCUGACUUGCAGACAUAAGAAGAUGCAAUCCAUUGGCCUCUUCACUCUGAAUAUUAUCACAGAGAAUCUGCAUAUGUGUCCUUGGGCAAAGCAUCUUUGCAACUUCUUUCACAAUGCAGGACUGAGGCACCUGCCCCUUGGCACUGCAGCUCAUCAUGAAGUCUCGAAGUUCAUAAACAUAUUUGAAAAUCUGUAACUUGUCACAAUCUUCAGGAAUAUUUUCCAACUUGUCCUAAUCUGAGAAAUCUCUUCCUGGAGUCCCUACAAACUGUCUUCAGACAAAUCCAAAAUGAGAUCCCAGGUUAAGGUGGGGAGCAGCAACUGUGUUCCCCACAUCAGCAGAUGUGUUGGGGGAAUUUCCUUUCUCGCAGGUCCAUGUGUGAAGCAUGGUGAUGGGUUUCAGUUUCCUUAAAAAGCCAUUCUACAGAGAGAUGCUCGUUGGGGUUUAGGAUGAGGGAGGGAAACACAGAUGAAGCAGAAGGCACCAUGAGUCUUUACUUUGUUGUUACACGGAUGUGCUGUGGGUGAGACAUCUGCAGCAGAACAACUGCCAAGAGAGCAGAAGGUUAAAACAAGGAAUCCUUCCUUUGUCAAGGUGUGUGAGUGACAGCAUGCACUGAAGUGCUGUUUGAACACCCUUUUUGCUUUGUCGUAUCAUAAAAAUAACCUGCUUUUGAGGCUGAAGGGCAUUAACUGAAGCUUUCUUAUAGCUUCAGGGAACCAGAUUCAGGAGGCCUCAUGCAGUAAGUAACUUGUUUUGUUUGUGAUAACACAAGUCUCAUUUUCAGUUGCGGGUUUUAUUUGGUUUUAUUUUCUACGGUAGGUGACUUAUGCUGGUGCUGAUGGCUCUGGGUUUCUCAAAUCCUCAUUUUAGUGCUAAGUUUGAGUUAAUUUUUGACCCGUGCAGAUAGAAAUGAAGAAGUAUUUCGAACCUGACUGAUGUCCUUUGCCCUGAUGUGAUACCUGUCUGCAUUGCUCUGGCAGGCAGGGGAAGAAGAAACCAUCUUCAUCUGUGAUUAACUUUAUUUUGCACAUUUAAGGCUUUUGGUGGCUUUUGCAACUUUUGUUGUCCUAAAUAAACUCUGCUGCUG